UCUCAAAAGAGCUAAGCACGUUUUAACGUAAAAUCUGCCACACCACACCCAAGCACCACCCCACCAUUAACCUUUUCUAAAAGAGGAUUUUAAGCCCUUGGAUCAUGGUUCAAUAACCGGAAGGUCACGGUCUCUCCUCGCAAAGCCAGCAGGAAAUUGACAUUGGCCGCAACAGGUCAUUUGCCCUGUUUUGCAUCAUCGCGACAAUCCAGACUAAACCUUGAAGGACAACAAAAAGGAGGAAGAAGAAGAAGAAAAAAAAGGGAAAAAGACCAGAGAAGGUGUCAAAGCUUUUAACCCCCCCCCUUCUACCAGUGCCCUUCUACUCUUCAAUUUUCAUAUCUCAUCUUAUUUUCCAUUAUCGCCAACUGCCCAGUCUAUCGCCUUAGGACCCCACCAAUCCCCAGAGUCCAUGUUCCUGACAAUCAACGCUUGAUCUUCUUCCCUCCCUUAUACCCCCCCUUCCUCUCUUCUCUUUUAUUACCAUCGCGAGAUCAUAGGCAUUUAAAGAGUGCCUUCAAUCUAGGCUUGGGAUUUCGAACGCGCACACAUCCGAGAUUCUCAUUUACUUGCCGCCCAUCAUGGCGUGGCAACCCUCGCCCGAGUCCUUGAGCACGCUCGCUGCUUGUCUCAAGGAUUCUCUCAGCGGCUUCGAUAAAGCUGCGCAGAAACAGGCCGAGAUUAUGCUCACGCAAGCGAAGUCGUCUCCCGAUAUUAACAACUACCUCGUCUAUCUAUUCUCCAGCCAGGAACCUCCAAGUGGCCUACAGUGCUCAGCUCAAGAUUACUUUCUUAUACGGUCGUCCGCCGCAAUUAUGUUGAAGAAUAACAUUAAGACGAGCACCAAAGAAGUUUCCGACAGCAGCCUGACCCUGAUCAAGAUGGGAAUUCCUAUGUGUUUGCAAGACAAGAAUGCUCAAAUUCGUAAUUACGCAGGUGUUAUCGCAACUGAGAUGAUUCGUCGAGGUGGUAUAAUGAGCUGGCCCGAGUUACUGCCAGAGCUUUUGAAGAUGAUUGGCAACGAGUCCGGCCAAGUUACGAACGAAGCACAGGAGGGUGCUAUGGCGGCUAUGGCUAAGAUUUGUGAAGACAACACUAAGAUGUUGGAGCGCGAGCUGAACGGCGAACGGCCGCUGAAUUUCAUUCUCCCCAAGUUGAUCCAGGCUACUAAGAGUUCGUUGCCCAAGGUUCGCGCUCAUGCUUUGACCGCCAUCAACGUCUUUACAGGUCGAAAAUCUCAGGCUAUGCUCAACUCCAUCGACGAUUUGCUCCAGCACUUAUUCUCACUUGCAACAGAUUCUAGCAAUGACGUGCGAAGGCAAGUGUGUAGGGCAUUUGCCCAGCUUGUUGAAUCUCGCCCGGACAAGAUCCAGCCGCAUCUCCCGGGUCUUGUCGAUUACAUCAUUACGCAACAGCAGAGUGAUGAUGAGGAUUUAGCCACCGAUGCUGCGGAGUUCUGGCUUACCGUAGGCGAACACGAGCAUCUCUGGCAUUCCUUAAGCCCGUACAUCAGCAAAAUCAUCCCGGUUCUUCUUCAGUGCAUGGUAUAUAGCGCUGAGGAUAUCGCGCUUCUUGGUGGCGCAUCUGAUGACGAGGAUGAAGACGAUCUUGAACAGGAUAUUAAACCCGCAUUCGCAAAGAAGCCAUCAGCGCGACAAGCUAACAAGGAUAGUUCUGCGGAUUCCACCCAGAAUGGAAAUGUCUAUGAAAAAUUGGCUAGCAUGGACGACGACCUGGAGGAAGGCGAGAUUGAUGACUUGGAUGAUGGAGAUGACGCGGGUCCGGACGAGCGAUGGACCUUACGAAAGUGCUCUGCAGCUGCACUCGACGUCUUCGCUCGUGAUUUUAGGGACCCGGUAUUUGAGUCUAUUAUGCCAUACCUGAAUAAAAACAUCAGGCACACCGAUUGGCCGUAUCGGGAGGCUGCAGUACUCGCGUUUGGCGCUGUCGCGGAGGGUUGUAUCAAUGUUGUCACGCCUCACCUCCCUCAGUUGGUGCCUUACUUGAUCUCUCUUCUGGAUGAUCCCGAGCCUGUCGUCCGUCAAAUUACUUGCUGGACGUUGGGUCGUUACUCUUCCUGGGCUGCAGAUCUGACGGAUCCGCAACAAAAGCAACUUUACUUCGAGCCCAUGAUGGAAGGUAUCUUGACGAAAAUGUUGGACAGCAAUAAGAAGGUUCAAGAAGCUGGUGCGUCCGCCUUCGCUAAUCUCGAGGAGAAAGCCGGUAAGCGAUUGGAGCCUUACAGCCUCCCGAUCAUUCAGCAAUUCGUCCGUUGCUUCAAGAAGUAUAAAGACCGGAAUAUGUAUAUCCUCUACGACUGUGUCCAGACACUAGCCGAACACAUAGGGCCUGUUUUAGCCCGACCCGAUCUCGUUAACGAACUGAUGCCAGCGCUCAUCGAGAGGUGGACCAAGGUUUCCGACCAGUCCCGAGAGCUUUUCCCGUUAUUGGAGUGCCUAUCAUAUGUUGCCAUGGCACUGAACGAUGCGUUUACUCCCUAUGCGCAACCGAUUUUUGUCCGUUGUGUCAACAUCAUUCAUCAAAAUCUAGAAGCAUCUCUAGCGUUAGCAAGUAACCCAUCCCUCGAUGCGCCAGACAAAGACUUCCUAGUUACGAGUUUGGAUCUCCUCAGUGCUAUCAUCCAGGCGCUAGAUCCGGCAAAAUCUUCGAAGCUUGUCCAGGAGUCUCAGCCUGCAUUUUUCGAGCUCUUGACCUUCUGCAUGGAAGAUCCGACAGACGAAGUACGACAGUCGGCAUACGCACUCCUCGGAGACUGUGCUAAGUACGUAUUCGAGCAAUUGCAACCGUCACUACCGAACGUUUUCCCGGUCCUCUUGAGACAGUUGGAUCUGGACAACAUAAUUGACGAAGAGAUUGAUAACGGAUUCGGUGUCAUUAACAAUGCCUGUUGGUCCGCAGGAGAAAUCGCCAUUCGACACAAGUCUAAUAUGGCACCUUACGUACCAGAGCUCUUCCAACGCUUUGUAGAAAUAGUAUCUAACCCAGGUAUACCCAAAGGGGUGACCGAAAAUGCCGCGAUUGCGUUGGGACGGCUUGGGCUCGGUAAUGGCGAGCUUCUGGCACCGCACCUGGCUAACUUUGCUGAAGAUUUCCUCAUCUCUAUGGAUGAGGUUGAUCCGUCAGACGAGAAAGCAACUGCAUUCCGGGGCUUUACCGCCAUUGUUGAGAAGAACCCCAUGGCUAUGGAGAAAUCCCUCUUGCACUUUUUUACUGCGAUUGCCCGAUAUAGGGACCUAAAAUUGCGCAGUGAGACCAAGAACGGCCUCCAUGAGGAUUUCCAGAAGGCUCUCGGCAUCUACCGUCAGAUCAUCCCCCAGUUCGACCAAUUUUUUGGCCAGUUGCAGCCUCAAGAUCAGCAGACGUUAAGAACGACGUACAAUUUUUGAAUCGAGAGCCGCUGAUUACGGCGUGAGUCACUCGGGUUCAACAAUACUUACGCAAAGUUACGAGUGGAUUCACUUUCAUGUCUUCCGGUACUCAUUACAAUAGGCGAUAUACCAAGUCCAAGAUUAAGAUUGGUUUCUCACCUCACGUAAAAUUUAUUGCCAGUUGAACAAGGCGAGAACGUCAACAGCAAUCAGUGCCUGCGGAUCCGGGAUCCGCAUCAAGAUAUGUGUUGCGGUACGAAACUCCUAGCUUAUCGACCGGCGUAGCCGUUGCAAAUUCGGAGGACGGGUAAAACAGGUGUUACGCAUAAGGCGUAGAAAAACGUUAGCAUUUUCUAAUGGAUACGGGAUGGUGGUCCAGCCGUCGAUGAAAGAAGCCACGCAUAGGGACGAAUAAUGAACUGCAUGGCAACGUCGACGACAUAACUCACACAGAUACCGCCAGGUUGGUAAUUUAGGCCUGGGCUAGCUUUUAUUCUUCGCACAUAAGCGAAGGAAAAGCCAGGUGCCAGGAAACAUACUUUUGCUACGUUUACCAAAACAAACCAUAGUAGAUAGCACGUAGUUAGAUAGAUUAGCAUAGCAAUUUCUCCCACCCUCCUACCUUACUCUCUCCCCUUCCCUCUAUCUCUAUCUCUGUCUCUACCGAGACGAGAGCGAAGAUCAUCAUCUUCUUCUUCUUCUAGGCUAGGUUAGGUUAGGAACUACGUUAGAUACUCGAAAACUUGAAAAGAAUAUCGAAGAA